CUACUCGUAUUCCGUAAACCCAUACCUGGAGCGAUUCAUACGAGUGCCCGAAACACAAAUUAUGUAGACGAUUUUGUUAGUCUCCGCAUGCCUUGUGGUUCACCCUACGUCACCCAUUGGUUCCCGCCUUCUUUGCCUGUUGUUGACGCAGACAAGACGCAGAUACUCUCAACCCAUCUCGCGAUUCCACCCCCAGCAUCCUCUCAAGACUUAUCCCAGCCUCUUGUCAGCACUUAAUUCCUUGUUCCUGCUGUCGAUUCUGCCCGACAUACAUUCGUUUCAGACAAGAAGAAAAGAGAAAACAAUUCCCCAAUGGUUGCGAGCGUUCGCCUGCAACGUCCCUGCUUCUCCAUGCCUGGCUAAUCAAUGGGUUCCUUGCAAUGGUUUUUGGGUGUAUAUCUCUUCGGCGGUCUAACAUUCGUUCCAUUCCUCCUCGGCCUCCUCCUCAUUCAUGCCUACCUCACCUUACCUCCUCCGAACGUCGAACACGAUCCUCCCAUCCAGGAUCCCGCCCUUCUGGCCCGUCCCGAAGAUGACAAGAUAGCUUUCAAGAGCGAGACCGAUACUCUGGUCGACAAAUUCCAUCGGCAACAUGAUUCCGACGUCGCCGCGGGGUACUUCGCCGUAUGUAGAGAAUACGUCCCCGGUGGCGUCAAUGGCAAGCCUCCCGACAAGCUUAGUCCGGCGGGAGAGGUGGUUGCUCAGGAGUCUCCGAGUGUCUACCAGACAAUGUACCGGAGUAUCUUUGACCGCUCGCAAAAGCCUACGAUAGAGCCGAACAAGGAUGCGGCGGGGAAGACGGCCAAGAACGCCAACAACGUCUUCUAUGUGGUGUUGAGACAUGGCCAUCUCAUGCUGUACGAUGACAUACAACAGCUGGAAGUGCGCUACGUGAUCUCUUUGGAGUACCAUGACGUCGAUAUCUAUGGAGGGGGAGAAGAGUUGCCAGAAGGGGAAUUGUGGAUCAAACGACAUGCCAUACGACUACGGAGGAAGAAAACAAGAGCCGGUGAUACACCCAAAUCGCUACCCUUCUUCCUGUUUAGCGAGAGCCUGUCAGAGAAGGAGGAUUUUUAUUUUGCAUUACUCAAGAAUCAGGAAAAGACGGUCGGCGAAGACUUGCCUGUGGCGCAAGAAUUCGAUGUUCAACAUAUUGUCAACUUGGUCCAGAAGCUGCACUCAUCCGAGGAGCAGUUGCAGACGAGGUGGCUCAAUGCCAUGAUCGGUCGCCUGUUUCUAGCCAUGUACAAGACACCAGAGCUGGAAAAUUUCAUCCGGACCAAGCUGACCAAAAAGAUCUCCCGGGUCAAGAAGCCAAAUUUCAUCACCAAGCUAGCUUUGCAAAAGAUCGAUACAGGCACCGGUGCGCCCUUCAUCACGAACCCUCGGCUGAAGGAUCUGACUGUGAAUGGCGACUGCACGGUCGAGGCAGACGUGGACUAUACCGGACACUUCAGGAUAGAAAUCGCAGCCACGGCGCGAAUCGAGCUGGGCUCUCGGUUUAAACCACGAGAGGUCGACAUGGUUCUGGCAGCCACGUGCAAGAAACUCCAAGGCCAUGCCCUCGUCAGGUUCAAGCCGCCUCCGAGCAAUCGGCUCUGGUUCAGCUUCGAAAAGAUGCCGCAGUUGGAUCUCGUCCUAGAACCCAUCGUCAGCUCGCGCCAAAUUACCUACACUUGGAUUCUACGCGCAAUUGAGAGUCGAAUCCGGGAAGUCAUUGCCGAAAGCAUAUGUCAGCCUUUCUGGGACGAUGUCCCCUUCUUCGACACCAGGAAUCAACGUUAUCGUGGGGGCAUUUGGCAGAGAGAAGCCACGGCUGCCACUUCAACCGAAAUCCCGAACGAAGAGCCAGAAGACGAGGCUGAGGCAGGAACUUCGGGAACGAGAACGCCCGUGGAACUUGGGCAAGACGACCGUGUUAUGAGCAUGCCCGCACUGAGCGACGCCAAACAGAAGCCGACCCUUUCGAAGAAAUCCAUCGCCUCCAUGAACGAAUUUUUGGGCCUCAAGAGGUCGGGGUCAGAAUCUCCGAACAAGGCUGAUAUUUCUACUCCGAGAUUGAUGAGAUCACCAUCCCUUGCCAGCGCUGCAAACCCUACCGUGACUGCUGAUCACGCCGAUGUCAACAGUCCGACUCGAGGAUCCGACGCCAGUGCCAAGAAGGACAGCGUCGCGAACUUUUUGAAGGAUUUAUCCAAUAGAUCGACAUCUGAGACCCCAUCGCCGCCGGAAUCGCAAGCUGGAUCACCGCCCGUCGAGUCCUCAAUGGCAGCCGCAAUGAGAGAAAAGGAACGCAGCGCGAGCAACGCGUCAAACCUCUCAGUAGAAAUUCCAAUGUCGGAAGAAUUCGCCCCGACUCCCAUGUCUACUUCAGCCGGAAGAAGCUCAACGAUGUCAAGUCGGAAUUCGACGAAUUCUGGCAAUACAAUUGAUGUGACUGAAGAAAGGCCUAGGUCGGCGGGGCAAUCGACCAAACCAAAGACCUUUGCACAAGGAGUCAGAUCCAUGACCAAUGCGGACAGAAAGCAAGCUCUCGCAUCUGUCAACGCUGCGGCUGCGGCGGCUCAAAAAUGGGGAUGGGGCGUGCUGGCAAGGAAUCGACAGCGGGAAAACCAAGCUGCUGGCGAGAAAGAGAACAACAACCCCAGUGUUCCUCCAACUCCGCGAGAGCCCAUGGGUCGUGGAAGACCCUUACCCCCUCCUGGAACGCCGCUCCCUCCACCUGAGAAACCCAGGAAUAGCUUCAUCGCUCCGAAAAGAAAACCAGUGCCUCCUCCGCUACUGCCACAGCGCCGUGGAACCAAUGGCUCGAUUGUGACGUCGCCCAAACCAGCGCAAAAGCCACCGCUUCCGGAACGGCGAAAACGACAAAGCUCGUUGCUGGCGAAUGUUGAGGCUGAAGACGAGGUUUUGGUGGUAGAGGCUCCCACAGAAUCUGCACCGUCAAGUCCCACGGCGGAUGAACAUCACGAUGAAUUCUUCGGCCACGGCGAGCCAUCAGAAAGUCAGGGAGUCGUCGUCAAACCGGCGCUCCCCGAGCGACCUCACGAUGUGAUUCAGCAGGCGAUGGAUGAGGAUGAUAGCAAGAAAGAAGAAUUGCACAGGCAGGAACUCGGCGCGUAUACCUGAUACCUUGUUAUUGUAGAAGCAAGUCAGAGGUUUAUAUAGCUUGUAUCUCAGGUGACAGGUAUCUGCAUUGAUAUUCGUGCAAGCAACCCUCUGGUAGGUACCUAGGUAGGUAUGUCUAGCAUCAUUUCAUCCCUGUCGAUACAGACGGGGUACAUGUCCUUCUGUUGACAAAUUCCGUCAAAAGCUUACCCAUGUACGAUCUCGCAGAGGGUCUUAUGCGUAAGACGCCGGGCAAGAAUCUCGAUCUGCGUAAGGCAGAAGUGUGUAAAAUUUCCGGCCACCAACAGUCACGAUCGGUGAAGCUUUGCGAGCAAAAUACUUUGAAGAGACGAGCGGAGCUUCGGUGGCUGGGCAUCGAUGGCCCUGCCUCAAAGUGUGCUCUCCGAGAUCAUACGAACGGGGGUCGGCCUAGUAGAUUUGCAAGACAAUGAACAGAAGUUUUC